GCAGCCAGUCACGUGGGCGGCGGGACCGCGGCCGGCGGUCGCGAGAGGCUGAGGCGGCGCAGGCAGCAGCAUGGCGGCGGCGCUGGGCGGCCUGGGCCUCUUGCAAGGCCGAGUCAGGCUGGCAGCCGCGGCCGCCGCGACCUCCUCCCUCGGCCGGCCCGGCCGCCGGCCGCCGGCGCCGCGAGGCGCCGCCGCCGCUCUCCUCUCGGCCGGGAGGAGCUAUGGUUCCGAGGCGAAGGAAGAGGAGGAGCUGCGGGUCCGGUACCUGGAUGACGAGCACAAAGGAAUUGUGGUGCUUGGAUUAAACAGAUCUCAAGCCAAGAAUGCACUUAACAAAAAUCUUUUAAAAAUGAUGUCAAAAGCUGUGGAUGCUUUGAAAUCUGAUAAGAAAGUACGAACUGUUAUAUUCCGGAGUGAAGUCCCAGGGAUAUUCUGUGCUGGUGCUGACCUUAAAGAAAGAGCAAAAAUGCACUCAAGUGAAGUUAGUUCUUUUGUCUCAAAAGCAAGAGCAACUAUAAAUGAAAUGGCUAAUCUGCCGGUACCUACUAUUGCUGCAAUAGAUGGAACAGCAUUAGGUGGUGGCCUAGAACUUGCGUUAGCCUGUGAUAUAAGAGUGGCAGCCUCUUCUGCUAAAAUGGGCCUAGUUGAAACGAAGUUGGCUAUCAUUCCAGGUGCAGGGGGGACACAGAGAUUACCUCGCACGAUUGGAGUGUCUUUGGCAAAAGAACUAAUUUUCUCUGCGCGUAUUGUAGAUGGUGAGGAAGCAAAAUCAAUAGGAUUGAUUAGCCAUGUGGUAGAACAAAAUGAAGCAGGGGAUGCUGCAUACAGAAGAGCAUUAGCUCUGGCUAGAGAAUUUUUACCUCAGGGACCAGUAGCAAUGAGAGUUGCAAAACUGGCUAUCAAUCAGGGAAUGGAGGUCGACUUGGUAACAGGUUUAGCAAUUGAAGAAGCUUGUUACGCUCAGACUAUUCCAACAAAAGAUAGAAUUGAAGGUCUUCUUGCAUUUAAGGAGAAGAGACCUCCUCGCUACAAGGGAGAAUAAAAGAAGCUGAUGCCUUUAAAAUACAGGGGGAUAAAAGUACUGCUAUGAGGACCAUUAAGGUGCACUUUGCAUCCGCACCUGGAAUAUCACAACCACCAAAGUAAAAGCAAAUCAUACUGAUGUUACAACAUUUUGAAUGUGUCCAUACAUGUACUGGGCCCAGAUAGAAAUGUGUGUCAACUCAUGCUCAUUACAUUUCUGAAGGUUGAUCUGUAUAUUGGCAAGGUCACAGGUUCAUGCAGCAUUUUUAAAAUUUCAUAUGUAUGAAACGUACCGUUCCACAAUUGAAAAAGCUCUGUAAAUUCUUUAUAUAGACAAAACCUAUAUGUGAUGUUAAGUAUAAAUCUGCUGUAUCAUUUUAUCAAAACAAAAGCGACUACUGACCACCAAAAAUAAGAAAUUGUACCAAAUAUGCAUUAAAAUGGUUCUGUAUGUCAGUAAAAAUUAUAUUUGCGUAUUCUACCCGAAUAUGUACAUUAUUAAUAAAGCUAAGGGAAAUGAAAAGGAUUAUUGUUUGGAAAAUAUUACGCUUUCUUUAUCUGACUUACACUAUUCUAAGUAACAUGCCAUUAUGUGCUAAAGUUAAUUUCGUCCUUUUGAUGAAGUCAUUGCCAUUAUACUCAUUUAAUUGUAUUAAAUGAAGACAUUUUUGAGGCCAGCCUUUAAUUAUGCAUUCUUGUAUGCUAAACCUGGCUUUGUCUUGCAUUCUUCCAACAUAUCAUCUGAUCAGCACUGUCUGCUGUGAAGGAACUUUAUUUCACUUGCCUCAGUUAUUUUAAAUUUUUGGUGAUUGUAUUAAAGAUUGUUGUGCAGGGAUGUGACUAAUGCGCUGUUAAAGAAACUAGAAUUCUCUUAAUCCCCAGAAUAUCCUUUUGCAGGUCCUAAUAAUGUAUAUUUGUAUACAACAGGGAUGAUGCUGAAAUGUUCUUAGUUCUGUGGCGGCCUCAGGGUUCUUUUCAUACAUUGAAAGAGAAAUCCAGUAGGUUACGAGGUGAGAAAACUGUUGUGAUUCAUACUGUAUAUUUGCUGUGGACAUGGCAUAUAGAGCAAAUGCCUGGAAAUAACCUCUUAGAAAAUAUUUUUGUUAACUUGACUGGAAAAUAAACAUGGCUUAGCAGUCGGAGGCUGUCUUUUUAUAUGAAAACAAAUUUCUUCAUGUUUGUUUACCAUUGGCUCACAAAACUUGUGCAUGCUUUGCUGUUUCUGCAACAUUAACUAUGGUCAUUGUCCAUAUCUAUGAUGAUAAAGCAGCUGAUCAACAUUAAAUGACAAGAACUUAUUUAAAUUCC